AUGGCGACAACCUCAUCAUCCGCUGUCGACUCAGAAAGAAGGCAGUCUCUCUCAGGUGCCAAUCUACGAGGAGGCCUUCGUCAUCAAGCCCGCGGCUCGAUCGCCUCGAUCCCAGGAUCCCCCCAUACGCCGCAGCAACAACGCCAGGUAUUGUCUCCUUAUACGGGCACUUCGUCCCCCGGCUCGCCAUUCCGACAGGAAGAAGAUGCGGUGAUACUAGAAAUCGGGUCGAGGUGGCUUCGUGCCGGUUUUGAGGGGAAUAGCGUGCAGACUUGCGUCGUUGGAUUUGGAACAGAAGAAGGAAGAAGAGUCGGCGAUUAUCGUGGUUGGAUCAGAAGCAACAAUGGCACAGCUACGGCGAGAAACCGGUCUACUUAUGAUGUUGGGACGUGGUCAAAAAACUAUGAGCUAUGGACCUCGGACCUUCGUGGGUUUGAUAUCGAGCUCUUUGAAGACAAAAUUGAACGGGCUAUUCGAGAGAUCUACAACAAAUAUUUACUUACAGAUGCGGGAUCCUCAAGGCUGGUGCUCGUUCUACCUUCAAUAGUCCCGCACCCUCUAUUGGCAUCACUUCUUUCAACUAUAUUUCGCCGCUGGAAAUACCCGAGCAUCACCCUUCUUCCGAGCACGGCGAUGGCAACCGUAUCAGCUGGCCUACGGUCCUCUCUUGUUGUAGAUAUUGGAUGGGAGGAGACUGUUGUUACGGCCGUUUACGAAUAUCGAGAGAUCCGGUCAAAGCGAAGCACUCGGGCAAUGAAGAUGAUGAUGCGGGAGAUGGGCAAAAUGCUCACUGAGACCGCCCAGGAGGCUGAGGGGUCCAGCACUCGCGAAAAAGGGGAUAUGGUAUCUGUCCCAUUCGAACUUUGUGAGGAAGCUUUGAUACGACUGGCCUGGUGUGAGAAGAGUUCGCAGACUUCCGAAGACUCGGAAUUUAUGAGUGCGCACUCUGCACCCUCUACGGGAUCCGAUGGUGGUAACGGCGACUCAUACACUCGUACAUUGGAUUCAAAAGUGGCCGUACCAUUACCAGUUGGGUCUGAGUCCAAUUAUACCGAAAUCCCGUUUUCGCGGUUCUCACAGCCCACCGAAUCUACGUUGUUCGGUGGCCCGUAUGAAACACGAGACUGGGAUGACGAAGAUAUGCCAUUGGACAUUUUGGUAUACCAUUUCCUCCUCUCGCUACCGCCAGAUUUACGCGGUACUUGUAUGUCACGAAUAGUUUUUACUGGCGGCGGUGCGAAUAUUCCAGGUGUACGGCAACGAAUACUGGAUGAUGUGAGCGCCCUUGUUGAGAAGAACCAAUGGUCAGUGUCCAGAGGCAAGUCUAUGAGCAGGCGGAAAAACCGGUUAUAUCAACAGAGUGGUAACGGCAGUUCAAGCACGUCAAACGAAGAUGAGCCAGAGUCCACUUUCCGAGAGCCUCCUGAGCUAGAACCAAAUUUCAUUGAUGAGAAAAUGGAGAUGAGACGGAAAGAUGAUAGACAUGUGCAUGGAGUGCUUCGGCAGGUUGAUUCUUUGGGUCCAUGGGCUGGGGCUAGUCUGUUGACCAGCCUCAAGGUGAAGGGCCUGGUAGAGGUUGAGCGAGAAAAGUACAUCCAGCAUGGCCUAGCAGGUGCCAGCCGUGAUUUCGAUCUUAAUCCGCCUGAAAGAAGGUCUGGCCAUGGACCAGGAGCUGCUCGAUCCGGAGGAGAUAGAUCUAGCUGGACUCUUGGUGAAUGGAGAUAA